AUCUCACAGGUUUGCCUUGGAAAGAUCAAGGAAGGCUGCUCAAGAUCGGUUAGAGAGGAGCCUUGGACUGGAGAUGAUAAAGAGAUGUAGACCUAGUAUGCUUCCUCAACCAAUGACACCGGCCGAGAAGCAUAUCGUUGCUAAAGUCACAGGCGGGUCACCUAAUGAUAUGAAGGGAACGAGUAGUUCAGAGGCUAGGAGAAAGAGCCAAGAUGUUCAAGUUGGUUCUGACAAGAAGAGCCAUAGCGGUAAGAAACUUGAUAUUUCUUGCUCCGGAAAUAAGAAACAGAGUGGUAGUAGUAGUUUGAAAAAGGUUCUGAGUUUCAAGAGAAGUUGUAGGAUUGGUCGUUGUUAUGAUAGAGCAACUUGUUCUUCGUUUCUUAGAAACUCAAAGUUCACAGAGGAUACGAUGCUUGCUUCUCCUAAUGAAUUGAAAGUCUGUCCUUAUACGUAUUGCUCACUCAACGCGCAUCUUCACGACCAAUUCCCACCUCUUAAAAACUUUAUAUCCGCAAGAAGACGUUCCAUGAAGUCCCAUGCAAAUGUGAAGAUGAGUGGUGAUGAUGGUUGUGUAGAUAUCUAUGUUGAUGGGAAGAAAGAAAAUGGAAGCACUCGAGAUGUUGUUGAUAUCCAAGUAAUCGAUUUUGAGCCUGAGGAUAACAUGGACAUGGAAUGGGGAAAGGCUGAAGGUUUAGAAUCUGAGCGUACAGAGAUGGUGAGCUUACUAGAUGGUGAAGGCAUUGAAUCAGGUGAUGAAAACAUUGGUAUGAUGAUGAUUGGAAACUUUGCAGGAGGGGAUCAAAAGAAUGAAGAGAGUGGUUUCUCGGAUAAGUCUAAAAACAUUCUUUUAUUCAAACAGUCGAUUAUACAAGACGACAUCAUCCUAGGGAAUGCUCUUGAUGAGAAGCUAAACUCCAAGAAAGCUGAAGAUUGUAAGGAGGUAGACGAAGAGAAAGUGGAAGAGCGGAUUGAACUUGUGUCGAAACCAGAGGAAACUCUGUUAACCCUUGUGCAAAAACCCUACAACCGAGAAGAGUGCACUGAGACUUGGAGGGAGGAACUCAACCCAAGAGAACCCAGUUACCUUUCAGUUACCGCAGAGCCGAGCAGUGAAACAGUGGAACUCAAGCAUGAGGACAUGGAUGAGAUGAAGAACACAGAGGAGUGGAUGACUGAUUAUGCUCUGCAACAUAACGUCAGCAAACUCGCUGUAGAAAGAAAGAAGGAUGUAGCAUUACUCGUUGAGGCAUUUGAGACCACAUUACCUAGAGAACGUUCACCAGCUUUCACUAAUGGAAGACACCUUCAAGCUUGCAAUUGA